CGCGAUUCGAUUGAUUAGCGCUGCCCGAACCAAGCGGCACUUUCAUCGGAGUUGUUGAGUUGAAAAACGGAAAAAAGUGUUAAAAUCUCGGAAAUAGAUAAAUCCUGUUUAGUUUAACGAGUCUCAUUUUGUAAGAAAAGUAAGUGUUAAGAAUUUUGCUCUUAUCACAAGUAUUACAUUGAAGUGAAAUUUGUGAAAACUAGAUCCCCUGCAUCAGAAACAAAAUGCACACGGUUUUAACCCGAGGGAACGCAAUCUUGGCGUACUCGCUAAGCGUUUUGGCCUUCUUGACGUUCUGCUGUUUCGCAUCUACGUUUUUCUAUGACUACAGGACCAAUGCCAAGAUCAACACCGUCAAAGUUCUUGUCAAAAACGUUCCGGACUUUAGCGCUUCCCGGGAGAAGAACGAUCUGGGUUUCCUGACGUUCGAUCUCAGCACCGACCUCAAUGGUCUGUUCAACUGGAACGUGAAGCAGCUUUUCCUGUACCUGACGGCCGAGUACCAGACCGAGCAGAAUGAACUGAACCAGGUGGUCCUGUGGGACAAAAUCAUCCUACGGGGGGAGAAUGCCAACCUAGACUUCAAGAACAUGAACACCAAAUACUACUUCUGGGACGAUGGUAACGGCUUAAAGGGACACCAGAACGUGACGUUGACCUUGUCGUGGAACAUCGUUCCCAAUGCUGGUUUGCUGCCGAGUGUGUUCGCCCACGGGCAUUAUUCGUUUAAAUUCCCCGAAUCUUACAUGCCUUCGCCGGUCUAAUCGGCUAUUAGGAGAAGACUUUUCUUUUAGUUAGUGUCCCUAUCAAUCGCGAAGCAGUUGCAAUUGCAAAAAAAGUGAGAAGCUGUGGAACUCAGUCUGAAUGUUUCGGAGUACGGAUCCGGUCGUAAAGUUAAAAGUCAUAAAUCAAGUAAGUAUUUGGAUGUAGGUGAGGUUCAAAUAAGUGAAAAAAAAAGUUAAAUUGUCAGACAAA